AUGAUCCGUCGCCUCCCCUCUCUCGUCCGCGCCGCCACCCAGCUCCCCUCCCUUAUCCACCAUGGCAACUGCCGCCUCCUCCUCCACCUCCCCGCCCCUUUCUCCCUCGAGGCCUACCUCGUGGCCUCCUGCGGCCUCACCCCAGCCCAGGCCAGGAACGCAUCCAAAAAGGCGCUCGCCAAGGCAUCCAAGUUGUCCGAGAGGGCGUUCAACGAUCUCUCCUCCACCCGCCUCCACCCCGGCUUCGACCCCGACGCCGUCCUCGCCCUGCUCUCCAACAUCGGCCUCUCCCGCGCCGACAUCGCCGACGUCGUCGCCGCCGACCCGCUGCUCCUCCGGUCCCGGGUGGACAAACUCGAGCCGCGCAUCCUCGCCCUCCGCGACCGCGUCGGCCUGUCCGUUCCCCAAAUCGCCCGCUUCCUCGUAAUCGGCUCCUGGGAGCUCCGCAACUGCGGCGACGUCGCGCCCAAGAUCCAGUUCUUCGUCUCCUUGUACGGCUCGUUCGAUCAGUUCCUAGUGGUCAUCAAGAAGACCCAAUCACUUCUUGCCAUGAACGUUGAUAGGGUGAUCAAGCCGAACAUCGCCCUGCUUCUCCAGUGUGGCCUAAGUGUUCGAGAUAUUGCCCAGCUGUGUUCGAGGGUCACCUGGCUGCUUACGUUCAACCCGGAGCGUGUGAAAGAGCUCGUGUUGCGCGCGGAAGAGCUUGGGGUGCCCCGCAGCUCGGGAAUGUUCAAAGAAGCGUUGGCUGCUGUAGCCUGUACAACCAAAGAGAACUGUGCUGCCAGACUUGACUUAUUGGAGAGUACUCUUGGCUGCUCCAAGAGUGAAGUUGCCACUGCUGUGUCCAAGAAGCCAAACAUUAUAGCAAUAUCUGACGAAAGUCUUCUCCGCAAGAUCCAAUUCUUCAUCAACGAAGUUGGACUGGAUCCACAUUACAUUUUGCAAAGGCCUGUCCUCUUCACAUACAGCCUAGAGAAGCGACUAGUGCCCCGACAUUGUGUCAUGAAGGCCCUGCUGGCAAAGGGAUUGCUCAACAGAAAUGUGAGCUUUUACACAUUGGCUAAAACUGGAGAGGAGACUUUCAGAUUGAAGUUUGUCGACCCUCACAACGACUCUGUUACUGGGCUUGCAGAUGCUUAUGCCACUACUCAUAGUGGCAGUGUGCCCCAUAGCUCAGCUAUAACAUCUUAA